CUCGUUUGGCGCCUCGCGCUCGUUAAGUUCAGCGGCUCGCGGGAGUUUUCCGCUCCUCGCUGCUUAUACAAGAGCCGCAGCUGGUCAGCGAGAAAAAGCAGAAAUGAGCGUCACCCUAGUUCCGGUUGUUGUGGAGACACCUGUGGAAAAAGCGGAGCGGUAGUUCCUCUGAGGUGUGGAGGAGGAACUAGGUGAUUUUCAACAUCACAUUUAAAAAAAAUGUUGAGGCGGACAGUGGGGGGAGAAAAAAACUCCACAUGUAAGAAUUAUUAGAGGUAGAAGCAAGUGUUUUACCUAAAAGGGGGCGGAGUCAGGGUGGUUGGCGCGGGCGGUGCUCUCUGUCGCCCAUGCCCCCUUUUGCCCUCCUGCUCGCUUGCGGGGGAAGAAGCGUGAACUUGAACGCUGCCGCCUCCUCUGCGCAGAGCGAGUCCUGGCGAAGGCCAGCAAGUCUUAUCAGUCCGGCGCUCAGGUUUCGGACCGCUUAUCGGAGAAGAGAGGAGGAGGAGCUGGACCGGGUCUGGUUUUGGGUUCGAGACCCAAGGGGGCCAAAACGCACGACGCGAUGUCCAGGCGCAAACUUGGAAGCAGACCGCAGCACCUGAGCGCAAUUCAAGACGCCCCUGUACUUGAGGAUGGUGCGGACUCAGCAGGUGACCCCCCCCUGCAGAUGUACGCCCCCGACGAAGGUCGUGACCUCCUCACCUGUGGCCAGUGCAGCAAGGCCUUCCCACUGGCCCACAUUCUGGCGUUCAUCCAGCACAAGCAGGGCGGCUGCGGCUCCAGAAACCCGGCCCCGGGCGUCAGCGCCACCCCACCCUCGCCUGCCAGCCGAACCAGGCACCAGCGGGCCUGCAAGGGUGGGCCGGGGCCCGGCUUCAUCGAGCUGCGGAGAGGGACGGCCAGGAACCAAGCCUGGGGGGAGGAGCUCGGCGUAAAUGUGAAGGCAGAGUUCAACAAAUCAGUGCCUGAGGAGCCCUUGUAUUUCACCUGCCAGCAGUGUGAGGGUAUAUUUCCGUCUGCAUGGGCGCUCCUGCAGCACGCUCAGCACCUGCACUCCUUCAGCAUCUACCAGGAGGACGAGGAGGAAGACAUGGACAUGGGAGAAGACGGAAGAGGCCUUCAAGACCACAAACCCGUCACAGCGGUUCUGGACCCGCGCCACCUGAGCCAAACGCUGGCCUCUGCCUUUCAGCCGUCUGUUCUGCGUCGCUCCCGUCAGAUGCACCCCGCCUCCUCCUCCAGUAACUCGCAGGCUAUGAACUUUUCCGUGCGGCUGAAAGAGCUGGCUGAAGGGAGUAACACCAGCAGCAGCUCGCCCAGAGGCCUUGUGCUGUCACCAUCCUCGUCUCCACCUGCAGCCUCUCCUUUUCCUCACACUGUGACCCUGCAGACCGACUUCCACUGUGAGCUGUGUGACCAGAACUUCCAGUCCCUGCGUGCCCUGUCUGCGCACCGCAGGACUCAUGCGUGCGAGAGGCCCUAUCACUGUGGAGUGUGCGGACAGGCCUUUGCACAGAGUGGUCAGCUGGCUCGUCACAUAAGGAGCCAUCACCGCGAGGCUGGAGGAAGUGUUUGUGAGUCGGUGGAGAUGGAUGAGGACGCGGGGAGGCUACGGAGAGGGAGAUUUCAAAUGCAGCCGCCUGGAAUCCUUGGGAAGGGAGUGGUUGGAGAUUUGAGAGCACAGGGCUCCUCUGAGGUGGACCUGGCCAUCUCUAAACAUCCAUCUGUGGCUUCUGGUUUAGCACUUUUGACCCCUCAGGGAAGAGCAGCGGACAGGGAGCUGCUGAGACUGUACCAGCGAUCGGGAGAAGGGGGUGAGGAGGAAGUGGAAGGGCAGGGGGAGCCCCAGCUCUCCCCGCCCUGCGCCAGCCCCUCCGAAGGCUCGCUGGAGAGCGGAGAGACGGGAGGGAGCGGAGAAAGCGGCAUCGCCAGUGGCAACUGUACGCCCAAACGCCCAGAGAUGGGUGAAAAGGCUCGAGGGGGCGGCGAGUGGGAAAACGAAAGAGGAGAGCUUGUGCGGCGGGAGAAGGAGUGGAGCUCGGUGCAGGUCAGCGAAGUCGUGCAGGAGUGGCAGAGGGACAACGAGUGGAGGAGCGGAGCAGGAGGAGCGAAUACCGGAGGAAGCGCCAACCCCACGUCCGGUACCACCGUUAAAAGAAAGAAAGACGAGGCCUGCGAGUACUGCGGCAAACAGUUCAGGAACAGCAGCAACCUGACUGUCCACCGACGCAGCCACACAGGUGAGCGGCCCUACCGCUGUGGCCUCUGCAACUACGCCUGCGCCCAGAGUUCAAAGUUAACGCGCCACAUGAAGACGCACGGCGCCCAGGGAGCCAAGGCCUCCUUCCUGUGCCAGCUGUGCUCGGUGCCAUUCACCGUGUACGCGACCUUGGAGAAACAUCUGAAGAAAGUUCACGGCCUGAGCCACGCCAGCGUGGGCACGUUCACACAAGCCAGCGCCGCGGACACGUUAGCUGCUUUCAGGGCCAGGGAGGAGGCGGCUGUGGUGAAAAUGGAGGAGGAGGAGGAGACCAGUUUGGAUCGGAUAGACACGGAGAGCAAGGUGCAAAGUCAUGGCGGCAUAGGCGUGGAGGUGGAGGAGGCCAGCCCGACUCUAGUUGAAGGUCUCCCAUGUGAAAUCAGUGCAGAAGCUUUGACUUCAGCACUUUAAAAGGUUUUCACCCUGAAAACCAGCACUGUAUAGGACUCAACUUGCUCAGCAAUUUAAAAAGAAAAAAGAAAAAACAGUCAAGGGGAAAGCAGAGUCUUAUCUAAAGAAGCUCUGCAGCAGGUAACCCCAUCUUCACUGCCAGCACUUAGGCGCACAGCAGCCAGCAAUUUACACGAAUAUAUGCAAAGCUGCCGUGUGAAACAGAGUUCCUACAGCUCUGCAGACCACAGAGAAAAACAAGGCCAUGACAUUCAACGGGGAGAUUACCAGAGCUCAUGAACAGGAAGUGAACCACCACAGUCCACACCGACGCAGGAAACUGAUCACCAUGUUGCAGCACAGGAUGUAAAAGAUGUCUCGAACUUUGUGUCUGUUGACCCACCGGACAGGUGGCGACGGGUCGUAGCUUUUAGAUAAAUUAUCGAAAUAAAAGGAAGCUGUGGCAAUAGAAUCUACUCGGCGCAGACGAAUGGAGAGAGGCCAUAUUGAUUUCUUUUGAGACCUUUUAAAGACUAAAGGCGUUUGAACGGACAAUCCAAACACUGCCUGCCUGCAGUUCCUCACACUCCGCUUUUAUAAAGGCGCUCGCUCGUCUCAACACUUGUCACUUACUGUUUACAGGACUCCAGAGGCCGAGGAAGGCUCCGCUCCUGACUUUGUGACAGUGGAUGAUUUCCUGUUCUGUUUUUUUUUUUUAAUAUAAUUUCUAAAUGUGAAUAAAAAGACUUAAAGUCUUGUCUACCACUGUUUUGUAUCAGUUUCUAUGCAUAAAAAGCAUCAAUUGUACCUUCAUGUGAAAUGUGCUAUUUUCCUUUUUUCUUUUUUUAUUGUGAUGGUAAUUUCUCUCUUUCAUUGUUUACAUUUGUAAAUGGCCAGACCGCUCAAAGCUUUUUGCAUGUGUUUUUUGCCGCUCUGUGGAUUUCUUAUGUCUGUAAUUCUUCCUAACUUAUGGACGCUGCAUGUUGAGGGUGCAAAUGAGGAAAAAAAAAGUCUUUCACUGCUGCUGACGUGGUUUUGACUGGACUUUUUGUGGGAGCGAGCAUAAAUGAGUGAGACGUUCGUGAGGGUUUCUGUACAAACUGGGCUUGGGGGGUCUUUCCACUCAACCCCCAGGCUUCUGCUGGGUCAUCAUCGGGGGGAAUUUUAGCACAAUUUCUGUUUGAGAAAGACGACAAACGUCUGUCCAUCUUUCUCGCGACUACUGUAAUGACUUCCAAAUUUUGCAUUUACGUGAAAUAUUUUUUCCUUUUUCAGAACCUGUUGUGAACAAAUGCAGUGUAACUGUUCAGGGAUGGAAUUGUGUACAUAAAUUCUUGAUGUUAUCUUUGUUGUUGUUUAUGAUUAUCUGCCUGUCCCUGUUACAUGCUCUUUGCUUUUCCACUAUUGCUGUUUUUCUUUUUCACUCCACAUUGUGAAGCUAUGCCUUUCAUGUCUUUGUAAACCUGACACCGUUUUUGUAAUGAACCUUGUCACAAGGUGCCUCAAUAAACAAAUGAGGUCAAAUAUA